CUAGAACUACAUCCCGUGUUAAGACGAUGUGACCGGCGGGUCAGGCGGUCACCGGUCAUCACAGCAACGCAACCUUAUGAACCCACAAUUCACUGCAGUAUAGUGGUUGCCAUGGAGAAAGCUGACAAGUGAAGGAGAAGGAGGAAGGCACGGCUGGCAACACCCACCAUGGCUGCAUCGCCAGCAGAAAUGAGAUGGAACGAAAACUGAGCUUAGUCUAUACCGGAACUUGCGCCUACUUUGAUGUUUAAUGUUAAUGUCGUAAUGCUAUAGCGGGAUUCACCUUCUGCUUUAAGAUUAAAGCAAUUACCGGUGUUAGAUUUCAGCACGCUAGUUACCUAAGUGGUCAGCUUAGGUAGUGUUUUGGAAACAUCGCUAGGCUUGCGAGUGGGAGGAGGCGGCGCACACACCCGAAUCCCCCGUGGUCAUUCGUUGCCGGCGAAGCAUGACAUCGAAACAUGAAACGUUAUCAUGGGUAUCCAUAAAAUAAUAUUUUUAAAUAUCGAACCAUAUCAUCACCAAUUUCAGAAUGCCCGAUCGACGAUGCUAUGAAAGCCCCAACAGUGACUGAUCAGGGCCUGCUUUUUCGAUCUGGAAAUUUCUUGAGUGGAGUAGCUAUUCGUUUUUUUCCCUGGCAAGCUAGCCUAGAUCGCUAGCAUAGAUUUAGCUAGCAUUUUCGCUGCAUCCCUGGCUAUAACCGUUAGCAGAACGAUGCGGACUUUAUGGAUGCAUUGAGUUUCGCAGGACCAGUUUGGUGUCUUUGAUAUCCGCUUUUUGUCAUAUCAAGCAAAGUCAUUUGUAAUUAGUGAGCAGUAUUUUAUGGACCUGUCCAUUAGCUAGUGUAGGCUCGCAGCAAAAUGUUGAAUUUGAGACGGCUGUUGCGGUUAUCAAACCGCUCCUUUUUGGCCUUCAUUUUUUUCUUUUCAAUGUCUACGACCUGCUUGUACUUCAUUUAUGUGGCUCCUGGUAUAGCCAAUACAUACUACUUCAUGGUACAGGCUCAGGGGAUAAUAUUGAGGAAUAACGUGCGGACAUUUGGUCAGAUGAUCCGGCUCUACACCAAUAAGAACAGCACGCUCAAUGGGACAGAUUACCCAGAUGGGAACAACUCCAGUGAGUAUGUGGUCCAGCCUACCACGUACCUCCCUGAGAACUUCACCUACUCAUUGAACCUGCCCUGCCCAGAACGCCUGCCCUCUAUGAAGGGCCCCAUUGAGGUAAAUAUGACAGAGUUUCCUGUAGAGGAGCUGGAGAUCAAGUUCAAGCAGCUGGGCAUUCAGUACGGAGGCCACUGGAGACCCACGGACUGCCAACCCCGCUGGAAGGUGGCUGUUCUCAUCCCCUUCAGGAAUCGUCAUGAACACCUGCCCAUCCUGCUGCUGCACCUCACACCCAUGUUGCAGCGCCAGAGACUUCAGUUUGCCUUCUACGUUAUCGAGCAGACGGGUACCCAGCCCUUUAACCGUGCGAUGCUGUUUAAUGUGGGAUUCCGUGAGGCCAUGAAAGACCUGGACUGGGACUGUCUGGUCUUCCACGACGUGGACCACAUCCCCGAGAACGACCGCAACUACUACGGCUGCACCAACAUGCCUCGGCACUUCGCUGCCAAGCUGGACAAGUACAUGUACAUCCUGCCCUAUAAUGGGUUCUUCGGGGGCGUCAGUGGGCUGACGGUGGAGCAGUUCCGCAAGAUCAACGGUUUUCCCAAUGCAUUCUGGGGCUGGGGAGGAGAGGACGACGACCUGUGGAACAGGGUGUCCUAUGCUGGCUACAAUGUAACACGACCUGAGGGAGAGAUUGGCAAAUACAAAUCCAUUCCACACCAUCAUCGGGGGGAGGUGCAGUUCUUGGGCAGAUAUAAAUUGUUGCGCUACUCAAAGGAGCGCCAGCACCUGGAUGGCCUGAACAAUCUGAACUACACGCCAGAGGUGUCCACUUCCAGCCUCUACAAGAACAUCAGUGUCAACCUGCACCCUGAGCUGGCUCCGAUUGCAGACUACUGAACGCAUGACACACACACACAUACAUACAUACAUACAUACAUGCAUACAUACACUCACACACUCAUGUCUGAUAUGCUCCUCCUGGGGGGGUGUGUGUGUUAGUGAGAGAGAAAGGAAGAGAGGAAGAGGGUGAAGGAUAAUUAGGAAAAGGGUAGGCAAAUUAAACUGAUCCGAGUGUUCGUGGUUUGGACGCAUUUCAGUUUCAAGUCAGUUUUGAAUGUGUAUUUGGUUUUUUUUUGGUUUUUUUUGGUCCAAGGUGUGUCUUAUCAGUUUCUGUAUGUGUAUGGAGUCAUAUUGAGAGGUGAAAGUAAAGGUGUGUGUGUGUGUGUGUGUGUGUGUGCUGUGCGUGUCUUGUAGGAUUUCAUGGCGUUUGUGUAUUGCGUACAGGGCACUUGGUCUCGUCCAAAUGUUAGUGUGUAAAUAAUGUGGGGUGGUGUUGGAUGGGCUAGCUGAACAAGAGAGGGGGGAAAAAAGCAAAAAACAUAUCUGUCUGAUUGCGUGUCUGCAGACUUGGUUGACGUGUGGGAAUACCUCAUGUAUGAAUUUGUGUGUGUGUGUGCGUGUACGCCUGUGCCUGUGUGUGAGGGAGUACUUGUGCUUUUCUGAUUCUCACUGCAUGUCAUUGCUGGCUUUAUGCGACUUAUGUCCACAUUACACUACAAGCCAAGAGGCGAGGAGUGCCAGAAUCAACCAAUCGGAUGUUUACUGCAAAGCCUUAACCUAACACUCAUAGGCUCUUUCACCGCUGUUUCCUGUCAAUCACUUGCUUUCACCCACUCAGCAGAACGUGCCACCUCUCGGCUGCCUCUCAGAAGCCAACAGACUUUUUUUCUUUUUUGUUUGUUUAUUUUCUUUUGUUGCAGUGAAUAUCUUAAAGAAAAAAAAAAGACCUUUCAGUUGCCAGGAAGUUAAAUGGUUUGAUUUAUGUGUUGCAAAUUGAUGAUUUUUUUUUUUUUUUUGAAUUUUUUUCUUUUGUAUUUAUUUUUUCAUGUUUUAUUUAAGUAUUUGAAGCACUCCUGUGUCGUGUUGCAUUCCGUGAACAGGGGAUUGGUGUGUGUAUAUGCGUCUCUCUGUAUGUGUGUGUGUGAGUGUGUAGAUGUUUAUGGGCAGACUCGCGCGCACACACACUUUCACACACACCUCUGCCUUUGACAUUCUUGUGUUUCACUCUCCACUCUUCUUUUGGCAGCUAUGUAGAUUCAUUUUGUUUUUUCUGUUCGCGUCCCCUCUUUAAGAGGAGAAUGAGACCAUCAAAGCGAGCAGGUGUAGUGGGCAAAGAGAAAAAGCAGGAGGGGGGCCGUUUAAAACGACAACAACAACAACAACAACAACACUGUUGUGCAUGCCUUACUCUUCUCUGCUUUCUUUUUCUUUUUGACAUCGUAUCAUUGGAGAAGCGUUGAGCUUUCUUUCAGCUGUAGUGUCUUCUCUCCUUUUAAAGUGCACUAUGGAACAUGAGAAGCAGAGGGGGGGAGUGUAGAUGGUCCCUCCUUGCUCUGGAGGGGUGGGGGGUAACAGGGGUCAUAGCUGCUAAACACCCCUUAUUGGGUGUAGCGUGUGUGAGUAUGUGUGUCUGUGGAGUGCAUUGUGUACUCUGUGUUCAGUUGUACUUGUGUGUGUGUGUGAUUGCUUUGCAUUGCGGUCUGUUGGACAGCUGGGCCAGGAUGAGGGAGCGCUUGCUCGCGCUCUUGAGUGGCCCCUGGGCCCUGUGAAGCUUGGAGCUUUUUGUGACCAGUGUGCCAGCGCUCAGCAGAUAGAGCUCUCUCUUUCUCUGUCUGUCUGUCUGUCUGUAUAUAGUUUUUUCCAUUUUCUCUAUUUUAAGGUUUUUAAAGUUAUCUUUGUGUGUGUGUGUGUGUGUGUGCGUGUGUGCGUGCGCGAGUGAGAGAGAGAGAGGUUCAGCCGUUGAUUGUCCUUUUUUUCCCUUUAAUUCUUCGGUUGAUGUUUGUGUUAUUUAUCAUAUUGGUGUUCUAUUGGUGAGCGAUAACUGCUAAUGCAAGCAUCCCAGGGUGCUUUGCAGUCAGAUGUGUUUUGCUUCUUCCAGGCGCAUUAGCUCCAGGAAGUACUUUGAGGUACGAGGAAGGACUUGGUGCUUCUUUCUUUUUUUUUUUUUUUUUUUCUUUUUUUUUUAAAAUAGGCUAAGGGUAGUAUUGGGUAGCCAUCUCCUGCUGUUUACAUAGUAACGGUUGCCAAGGCAGGAGAGGUAAAGUCUGUAUUUGAUUUGGCCCUGUCGCUACGGGUUUCACAAUCGUCAGCGUACACAUCUUACCAAUGAUGACGGACGACGAAUUAUUCCAAAAAUACUUUUUUAAAACAGUGAAGUGCACAUAUGUUGUUUGUGUUGGUGUGUCCGGUGCCAAAGUCCGUUUCCUUUUUUCCUUUCCCUCUUCUCUUCCUCCUCCUCUUUCUCCUCCUCCUGCACUGAAAGCUAAUCUAAUAAUGGGAUAUUUGAUCUUUUUAGAUGACUGUGUGUGUGUGUGUGUGUGUGUGUGUGUACUGUUUGCAUACACAGGAAGCCCAAACAUAUUGCAGACAGAAAUAGUAUUCAUCUGUCCUAGUAUACAUAUGACCUCGUUGGGGGCCUUGUUUUGGGUCUCAAAAGGCACAGUUGAGAAUCCUACCAGUGUGUUAACGUUAUUCCCCCAGUCCCUAAUCUCUAUGGGCACUGUCGUCCCGUCAGAGCCCUGAGAUUCUGCCAAACCUCUCCACAUAUCCCAGUUCCACAUAAGGAGCUUGGAAGGGGUUGUGGGGAGACCGUUUGAGAAGGACCUUGUGGUGGACUGGGCAUCGGCCAGUAGAGGCUGUGUGUUCCUAAGCCUUUCAUCACGAUAGAGGGCCAACACGCACACAUUUGUAAAAUUCCUGUGAUGGGUGUAUGUGGGACUCACUGCCAAGAGUAGUAUGUUGUCUGAACCGCAAAUGGAACCCCACCUUUCUUCCACACAUGUCCUGUGUUCAAUGACGUAGCCCAAAAAAUACAAAUAAACAACAAAAAAGGGGGGCUAAAAGAGAAGAUUAUAAGGACGUAUUCACUUACAAAGCUGUAAUGUAGAGUGUUACAUUUUUUGCAGUAUUCAUAUUUGUGCCUUGAGUUUAUUUUAUUUUUUCACUUUUUUUUUUUAUUUUGAAAUGAUAGGUGUUUUGUUUUUCACUUCUGCAUGGUUGCUGAGAUGCAGUGUGCUAGUGUGGCUGGGGCUUUCACAUGCCAAUAGAGUGCACAUUUAUUUUUCAAAGGAGCGAAAAUAAAGACAAUACAACAGUACAAUAACUCAUUUAUCUGUCAAGGUGUCAGUCCGUGGCCCUUUAAAAAAACAAAACAUAAAAAACAAUGAGAGUGGUGUUAAAUAGUUGAGUUCGGGCCGAGGUUGAGGGUUAUGGUCAUGGAUGGGUGUCUAUCUGUAUAUCUGUUGCUUCUUGGGUCUGGAUGGGGUGGGGUGUGGUGGGGGGCACUCUUUCACUGUAAGCACCCGUUUCCCUAUGGGCCCGUUUUACUGUAACACUAAUUUCAAAUUCACAACUCUGUGACUGGCUGACUUGAUUGACAGGUACGACUAUUGUUUUUCCAGAAAUCUUUUCAGUUAUGCCGGUCUGUUCACUGCGGUACGCUCUACUGAUCAUUAAAAAGAGUAUAUCGGUGAAA